GUAAGUUACAAGUCAUGUGAUUUCAUGACACAUGUAUGCAUAUAUAUAUAAGUACAGGAGAUGCCUGGUGACUCUGCUCAGACUGCUCUGAACUUCCCUCCUCAGAACUGCCGGUCGUUUUGAAGAGGUUAUUUGCCACCAUGAUGCCUGGGGGCUUAUCUGACACCAAGCCUGCUACCCCAGAAGUCCAGCAUAUUGUUCACCAGGUGAAGCCACAAUUUGAAAGCAGGGUAAAUGAAACAUAUGGCACCUUUCAAGCCAUAGCAUAUAGGACUCAGGUUGUUGCUGGAACAAACUACUUCAUUAAGGUCCAGGUUUCUGAUACCAUGUAUGUCCACCUCAGGGUGUUUCAGGGCCUUCCUCAUGAGAACCAAGGUCCCAGCCUGGUCAGUUAUCAGACUGGCAAAACCAGAGAUGAUCCUCUGACCUACUUCUGAGAAACAGUGGGACGUGGCUCCUCGCUUCUGCAAGUCAUGUGGAUUCGGCCUCUGUCAGUAAAAGCGUGCCAAUAAAAAGUUUUGAAAGCUU